GACCUGAAGAGGAAGAAAAAAGCAACAUGAUUUUGGUUUUGAAUGGAAUUGAUGGUUGUAGGGAAAUGAGAUGGGUGUUCUCUCCCGUUUACGUGAUUGCCUGAGGUUCGGAACAAGAGCCGGUGAGGGUGAGGGUGAGGACUCUCUCUGUAACUCUUGGGAUUUGUUUUUCGACCUCCAUUCUCUUCAAGCUGCUACCGAUUUCUUCUCCGACUCCAAUCGACUCGGUCAUGGUGGCUUUGGUCCUGUUUACAAGGGCGUAUUGGGCAAUGGUGAACAAGUAGCAAUUAAGAAGCUUUCACUGACAUCAAGGCAAGGAAUACGAGAAUUCACAAACGAGGUGAAAUUACUACUGAAAAUUCAGCACAAAAACUUGGUGACGUUGUUAGGAUGCUGCGUACAAGGACCUGAGAAGAUGCUGGUGUACGAGUAUCUCCCGAACAAGAGCCUUGAUUAUAUCCUUUUCGAUAAGGAAAAGUCUCCAUCUUUGCACUGGACACAAAGGUUUCAAAUAAUUGUAGGUGUUAUCAGAGGUCUCCUCUACCUCCAUGAAGAAGCCCCUGUAAGGAUUAUUCACAGAGACAUCAAAGCAAGUAAUAUUUUGUUGGAUGACAAACUAAAUCCCAAAAUCUCAGAUUUUGGUUUGGCUAGACUUUUUCCUGGUGAUGAUACACAUUUGAACACCUUCAGGAUUUCGGGUACCCACGGAUACAUGGCUCCUGAAUACGCAAUGCACGGGUAUUUAUCGGUGAAAGCUGACGUGUUCAGUUUUGGAAUUUUAGUCUUGGAGAUUGUUAGUGGUCGAAAAGUUACCGAUAGGCAGCUCGGUGCUGACAAGUCAGAUCUCUUGACCUAUACAUGGAGGCUCUUCCAAUCAGGGAAGCAGUUGGAGUUAGUUGAUGAAACCCUUGAGACAUGUAACCCAAGCGAAGCAUUAAUGUGCAUACAAAUGGGGUUGUUAUGUUGCCAAGCCAUUGUUGCGGAUAGGCCCGAUAUGAAUUCUCUUCAUCUGAUGAUAUCAAAUGACUCCUUUACCCUCCCUAAACCCGGAAAGCCUGGGCUUCAAGGCCGUGGGGGACGUUGGACCACCACCACCAAUUCGUCGGCAUCACUUUCUAACACUAAAGCUAGUACUACCCUUAGUUACGAUGCUAAACAGUCUAUUGCUAGUUCUGUAGAAGAAUUUUCAAGAAAUUCUAUAUCUUGUUCUUCGAUUAACGAAGGUCGAUAAUGUUUAUUUUUUAUGUGGUGUGAAGGAUGUACUUAUUUUUUUUCAUUUAGAGUAAACUACCAUUUUGGUC